UGUCAGCCGCCCGGGCUGCUACAGUCUCUUCUGGCCCUCGCGUCCCGGGCGAUCGCCGCUGUCGGGACCUGGGCGGCUGCGGCCACCAUGAUACAUUUCAUCUUGCUCUUCAGUCGACAAGGGAAGCUGCGGCUGCAGAAAUGGUAUACCACGCUCCCUGACAAGGAGAGGAAGAAGAUCACGCGGGAGAUCAUCCAGACUGUCCUCUCUCGCGGGCACAGGACCAGUAGCUUCAUUGACUGGAAGGAGCUGAAACUUGUUUAUAAAAGGUAUGCUAGUUUAUAUUUUUGCUGUGCAAUAGAAAAUCAAGACAAUGAGCUCUUGACACUAGAGAUUGUUCAUCGUUAUGUGGAGUUGCUGGAUAAAUACUUUGGAAAUGUCUGUGAGCUGGAUAUUAUCUUUAAUUUUGAGAAAGCAUAUUUCAUCCUUGAUGAGUUUAUAAUAGGUGGAGAAAUUCAGGAAACAUCCAAGAAAACGGCAGUCAAGGCCAUUGAAGACUCUGAUAUGUUACAAGAGGUCAAGAACCAAGAGGAUUUCAAGAAUUAUAAAGUACCUUUUUAAAACUGGUGCUAAAGUCAUUCUUCCUGCUAUUUGGAAAUAAGAGACUGGUUAAGUUAAUAAGACAUUAGGCAUGAUUUCUCAGCAACUAUCUUGGCAGUACUGUGAGCUGAUUACUUACUUCUACCCAUGGAGAGACUCCAUCCUCAGACAAUGGAAGAAUACAUGAACAAGCCCACAUUUUAAGUGUACAGUCUACUAGAAGAUUCUGAGUGCUCCAUGCUGUGACCCUGAAAACAAGCAACUUGCUGCAUCCAGGCUCCACACGGCCUCUGGCACCAUGCCAAAAAUGACUUAAAGGGAUUCUGUGUAAGCAAGCAAAGUUAAAGUUGUUAGCAUAAUGUCCUUAUGUUUGCUUCAUCUAUUAUACUAUGUAUCAGUGCUCACUGUGGCUCUAGGUGUUUCAAGUAGUUGCUGCAGAUUGAAUAGCUGCUUGCAGUGUUUUAAGUCCUUGUGGUAUUUUUAAGAUAAUUUCAAAUAUUGGUUGCAAUAUGAUAAUUUUUGUUGCCAUUUGAUCUUCUACUUGUAGACUGACAACUGCUUUGUGGACAACACACAAUUUUGAAUGUAAAGUAUAUUUUAUAUAGUGAAUGCCUUUCUUAAAUGUUUUAAAAUGUACAUAAAUUAAGUAUAUGUUAAUAGCUCAGAUUUCAUACAUGAUGCUAGAUGUUUUUUUAGUAUGUUCAAUGCUACUAUAAUUUCAGGUCAGAUACAAUGUAUUAUGACUUUAAUGUCUUGAAUUCAACUUUUUUUUUUUGAAUUGGGAUAAAACUUCAUAAGAGAUUUUGAUGUCUUAGAAGGUGCUAGAUCAAGGUUUUUACUUUGCUUUCAAUUGAAUAUAAGGGACAUUUCAGUAAGGUUGUGGUUUCUACAAACUAUAUAUUUAUUAAGGUUUCUAGAGAUCUGGAGAUGAAAUGUUACAGCAUCUCCUGUUAUUACCAUACUACCAAGAGAAAGAGCUAUAGCAAUAUUUAUAUAGUAAUAAUUGUGAUCUCUACUAUUUUAUAUCUCGUGUUCCAAUUACUCCUUGUGAGAUUUUUAAAACAUUUUUAAUAUAAGGUGAAUGUUUAAGGCUUCCUUAGGUUGUGUGUACCCUUCAUGGGAGGCGACUCUUUUUUUUUUUUUUUUUGAUCCUCUUCCUCAGAAAAUUAUUUUCUGCUGACCGUAAUUACUGUGACCAUGUCACCUUCAUGCUUCCAAAAUAAAAGUUCUGCAUAGCCAGGUACUGAGCAUGCUCAGACAUGAAGUAGGAAGCUACUUGUAGCAUUUGUUCAUGGCGUCUCUGUCUGCAGUUUUGUAUAUGCAUUCUCUAUAUAAGUGUCGAGGUUUGGUCCUUCGUAUCUGAGUGCUUAGGACUCUUGCAGUUUCCCUAAGACAACAGUGUACUUGAUUUUGUAUUCUGAGGGAGAUCUCUUACAGCAGACCCUUAGAGAAUGUGAUUGUCAUCUUUGGUUCAUCUCAUCAGGCAUAUUUAAGGGAAGACCAGAGCAGAAGAACAGACAGACAAACUGACCCAUUCCAUACUAUAACCAUUUAUUUAAAAGCAAUAAUUCAUAUGAGCUAAUAGCUGGGCUUUUAAUAGCUGAUUUAUCUUCAAACUAAUAUAAUUUUGGUGACAUUUGUUCUUUCUGAACAUCUUUGUUUAGGCAGUCUUUGGUUUUGUGCAUUAACUUUUUUUAAAAAGUAUGAUAAAGAUUUUUGUUUUUCAAACAUUUUUGUAAAACUGAACUUUCUGUAACUUCAGAGGUUUUCCACUUCCUUCCCAUUGUUUUUGAAGGGAAGUAUCUUUUGAGCUUCAUUAAAUGUACUGCUUAUAUUCUGGAUAGUUCCAUAUUUGAUCUUGUCUAGCUUGCACAAGGAUUCUUCCUUUCAGUGUAUUAAUAGAAAGUGAUCAUAUUUAUGUGGGUAAAUUCAGGGGAUUUGGGGAACAGCUUACAUGAGCUUUAGUAAAAAAAUAAUUGUGUAUGUUUUCUUUAUUAUUGUAAGAUUCUAUGAAAAAUUACCAAGGGAAAGGAAAAAAUAAUACUGAAU